CUCAUUUUUAUGAAUAAAACAAGCGAAAUAGUUUCCUUUAACGUGCAGGUGGCACGUGCAUACCUGCCUUAUUAAUAUUAUUGGUAGUAAGUGCCUGGGUGCUGAUAAGGCGCGGACGUACCCGUUCUUUUACAUGUUUACAUUCGUUGAGUAACAUACCGUCGUUCCUCUUGUGACAUCGAUACGCUAGUUAGUGUACAGUUACAUUUACAAAUGUUUCAGUGUUAAAUCUAAUAGUGCGAAUGGAUUCCACGUAAAUCUUUAAUCGACUCGUGGUGCCGCGGGGUCGAACCUAUCGCCCUUGUCGAUAAGUGUUGUCGUCACUCUUGUGUUGUUUAAAAUGAUGUGUACAGGUGUUAUAAUAUCAGCAGGUCGAAAUUUUACACAUUUGACAUAUGUAAGUCAAAUCUAAUUUUGCUUACAAAUUUUAUUAUGGCACUAUAUUAGCUGUGGUUUUUGAGUGAUUAUCGUGUGACCAAUUGAUACAAUAAAAAUGGAUAGGUUUAGGCAAAAAACAAAGAAAGAUAAGCCCAUGAAACAUGUGGAAAAGGAAAAAUCGCCUCUAUUCACGGACGUCAAGUCUAUGAAAGAAAAUUUAAAAAUAAAGGAGAUAUUACGAUCUGUAAAAAUGAAUAGUAGUAUGCGAUUAAAGGCACCGCGAGGCAGUGUCGUGAUGGACAAAAACGAGUUUACUGAUGUCAGUGAAGAUGUUUCCGAUGAUCACAGUAACCUCCAAGACAAACCUGACCAAGACUUCCAGGAAGCCAAGAACGUCGAUUUAGUAAAUAAUUUAAAUCAUGAUAGUGAAGAUCCGACCCCGCACUUGCGAGAUGAAGUUGAAAUGAAUACAGGACAACAACCGGGACUUCAGCAGGACAACUGUCAACCAGCACUUAGUACUGACAAUAGUAAUCCCCUGACUCAGGAGAUUGACACGUCUCCUUCGCAAGCGGACGGUGCCCUCAAAGAGUCCGAGGCAAACCAAGAUAUCUUAAACAGAGAAGAAUCCUUCUCUAAAGUCGAUUCACUACAAUCCAAAACCAACGCCGUCAAAAACCGGGAGCGGAAAUUAUCUUUGGACAACACUAUGUUAUCGCGGCGAGAGAGUUUGUCUCAAUCAGAAAUGGAUCUGCAUUAUAUAGGUAAAUCUCCACUGGAGAGAAAAUCCUCGUUUUUUAGAAAAAAGAUGGAUAGUUUCAUAAAGAACACAACAGAGAUUUUCAAGAGACAGUCGUUAGGGAGUAAGUCUCAAACUAUGUCGCGCAGAGGCUCCAUGUCAGUUUCUCUUCAAUCUUUAAAUGAAAAAGUGGACAUGGAUGGAGACGAUUACAACAGGACUGCACUUAGUCAACAGGAGGUGCACGGGAGCGCGGCCAGCGUGGCGUCGAGCUCGACGCUCGGCGCGGCGAGCGACAGCGCGGGCAGCGUGCCGGUGCUCUCGGCCAGCCAACCUAGCGUCGUGCACAGCCAGGGCAGCCCCACCGGUGAGUAA